AUGGAGGGUCAGGCGGCUCCGGGCGCGGGCGGCGGCGAGGAGCCCCUGAGCUCUGGCAGGAUGAACGCGAAGCGGAGUGGGCGCGCCGCGGAGGAGGAGAGCCGGAACAAACCCAAGCUGAAUAUUCAAAUAAAAACUUUGGCAGAUGAUGUGCGUGACAGAAUAACAAGCUUCAGAAAAUCAGCAGUGAAAAAAGAGAAACCUCUCAUUCAGCAUCCUAUUGAUUCUCAACCUUCUAUAAGUGAAAUCCCACUUGCCCAGGCACUUGUUGAUGAGCGUUGCAUGAACUUAUCAGAAAAAGAAGUUAUGGAUCUCUUUGAAAAAAUGAUGGAGGACAUGAAUCUAAAUGAAGAACGUAAAGCUCCUUUAAGAGAUAAAGACUUGACCACAAAACGGGAGAUGGUUGUCCAGUACAUUUCUGCAACUGCCAAAUCCGGUGGACUGAAAAACAGCAAGCAUGAAUGCACGCUGUCCUCGCAAGAAUAUAUUCAUGAAUUGCGGUCUGGAAUUUCAGAGGAAAAGCUUCUUAAUUGUCUAGAAUCUUUGAGAGUGUCUCUAACUAGUAACCCAGUCAGCUGGGUUAACAAUUUUGGACAUGAAGGUCUUGGACUUUUGUUGGAUGUAUUGGAAAAGCUUCUGGACAAGAAACAACAAGAAAGUAUUGAUAAGAAGAAUCAACAUAAACUUAUCCAGUGCCUCAAAGCAUUUAUGAAUAAUAAAUACGGAUUGCAAAGGAUUCUAGGAGAUGAAAGAAGUCUCUUGCUGUUAUCAAGAGCAAUUGAUCCAAAGCAACCACACAUGAUGACUGAAACAGUGAAAAUACUUUCAGCUAUCUGCAUUGUUGGAGAGGAAAAUAUUCUGGACAAGCUUUUAGGUGCUAUAACAACUGCUGCUGAAAGGCACAAUAGGGAACGUUUUUCUCAGAUUGUUGAAGGACUGGAAAACCAUGAAUUCUUACAGCUGCAGGUAGCCUGUAUGCAGCUCAUCAAUGCCCUUGUUACAUCUCCAGAAGAUCUUGAUUUCAGGAUACACUUGAGAAAUGAGUUUUUACGUUGUGGCCUGAAGAAAAUACUGCCUGGCUUGAAAGAUAAGGAUAAUGAAGAGCUUGAUAUUCAGCUGAAAGUGUUUGAUGAGAACAAAGAAGAAGACUUAAUUGAACUGUCACAUCGUCUCAAUGAUAUCAGAGCUGAAAUGGAUGAUGUGAAUGAAGUAUUUCAUCUACUGUAUAAUAUGUUGAAAGAUACUUCUUCUGAAAAUUACUUCUUGUCAAUUCUCCAACAUUUCCUUCUCAUCAGGAGUGAUUACUAUGUCAGACCUCAGUAUUACAAGAUAAUAGAAGAAUGCGUAUCACAGAUAGUAUUGCACUGCAGUGGUAUGGACCCGGAUUUUAAAUGUAGAGGAAGAAUGGAUGUGGAUUUUACUCAUCUUGUUGAUGCAUGUGUGGACAAAGCUAAAGUAGAAGAGAGUGAAAAGAAAGCAGCAGAGUUUUCCAGAAAGUUUGAUGAAGAGUUCACAGCUCGACAGGAGGCACAAGCGGAGCUUCAGAAACGAGAAGAGAAAAUCAAAGAACUUGAAACAGAAAUCAAACAGCUACGAACCCAGAAAGUGUUUGUUUCGGAUGGCUUUGUACUUGAAUUGUGA